UUGCAUAUAUUUAAACAUACCAUGUUAGCAUCAGUAGCAAGUCUGGAGCAAACCGCGCCAACAGAGUUCUCGUCUCGAUCGUACCACCCAAUUUCAAAGCAUGGGUUGGCAGGAAAAAAACUGAUAACAUUGACCCCAACACGAAUCCAUACGUGGGUUGAACCGCCCCAAAUAACAUUGCCCCGACCGAUCCCAGCGUUGCUUGCUUCCAUUCAGGCAAAUUCAAUGCGAGAAGCCUUACAAACGAUGGGGCACGAAUGCUUUUUUCACCGGAUGCCGAAGAACUAUGCUGUGAAUCAAUACUUGUGUUUGGUAAUGGAAGCGCAACAGAAGCUACUAAAUGCCUGAUGGCAUUGUCAUUGACAUGAGUGCCCAUAAGGGUUUGAGAGGUUGGCAUUUGUUGGCGAACAAGAGAGGUGUAGAUGCCAUUCUCAUCUUUGAUUAGAUCCCCAUGUGAACCAAUCUCCUUAACCUGGCCAUUCUGUACAACCGCGAUAAUGUCUGCAUUCCGGAUGGUGGACAGACGGUGGGCUAUUGUUAUUGUGGUGCGACCAGAUGCAGCUCUGUCCAAAGCUUCUUGCACCGAUCGUUCCGAUUCCGUGUCAAGUGCACUGGUGGCCUCAUCAAGAAGGAAAAUCUUUGGUGCUCUGAUUAUGGCCCUUGCGAUUGCCACCCUCUGCUUCUGUCCACCUGACAUUUGCACCCCUCUUUCGCCGACCUGUCAAGCAGAACGAACGUACUGGUGAGGCAUAAAGAUAUAAGCAAACACAUAGAGUCUUGAGACUAGUAUAGGUUUUAAUUUUACCUGGGUAUCAUAGCCGUUAUGUAACUGAGAGAUGAAGCCAUGAGCAUUGGCAGCUUUGGAAGCCUCAAUGAUUUCUUCCAUGGUCGCGUCCUCCUUCCCAAAGAUUAUGUUUUCCUUAAUUGAAGUGGCAAACAAGGCAGGCUCUUGGCUCACCACUCCCAUUUGGGACCUCAGCCAAUUCAGAUGCAACCUAUCAAUGGCGAUGCCAUCGAGAAGAACUUCACCACCAACUGGAUCAUAAAACCUCUGCAGCAGCGCCACCGUUGUGGACUUCCCU